AUGAUAUUUGAGUUGCUGCUGGCGGCGUUGGUGGCGGCGGUGGUAUGGCUGAUAUUCUUCAGAGAUGAUGAUAACCCCGUGGACAAACUCCCCGGACCUCCGAGGAAACCAUGGAUUGGGAACGCUUGGGAGCUGCUCCAAAUGCCCUCAGAUAAGUUAUUGGACAUAUUGGUCGACUACACGAACACUUAUGGCGACCGCUACGUGUUCAAGGUGUUUAGUCUCCGAGUGCUGCAUAUAUCUGGACCUCCUGAUGUCGAGACGGUGCUCUCACAUUCGAAGAAUAUCAAGAAGAGUGCUCCUUAUGACUUCCUAAAGGGCUGGCUGGGCACCGGACUCUUGCUUAGUACUGGUCUCCACUGGCACAAGCGCCGUAAGAUUCUGACUCCAACCUUCCACUUCAACAUCCUGAAGAACUUCGCCCACGUAAUCGAAGAGAAGACACAGGAUCUGGUGAAGAUGCUCAAGGACAAGAACGGAGCUGAUGUGAGCCUGAUGCCCACAAUCAGUGAUUUCACUCUCUUUACUAUUUGUGAAACCGCAAUGGGGACCAAAUUGGACGACGAUAAGACAUCAGCCACAGUGGACUACAAGAACGCCAUCCUUAACAUCGGCAUGCAAAUGUUAGCGAGGAUCACCCGGUUUUGGCUGCAUAACGACUUCAUCUUCAACAACUCGUCACGAGGAAAAGAAUUCACAAAAACCUUGGAAGUAGCUCGAGCCUUUGCUGAUAAUGUCAUCAUGGAUAGAAAGGCCCAGAGGAUUCAGAAUAAGGGAGAAGAUAUUUCUAUUGCUGAUGCGUCUGAUGGCAUUGGAACUAAGAAGAGAUUGGCUAUGUUGGAUCUGUUGCUGGAGGCUGAAGAGAAAGGCGAGAUUGAUAUGGAUGGUAUCAGGGAUGAGGUUAACACUUUCAUGUUUGAGGGCCAUGAUACAACAGCCUUAGCUCUUACUUUUGGCUUGAUGCUGUUGGCUGAUCACGAAGAUGUACAGGAGCGCAUCUACGAGGAAUGCCAAACGAUCCUGGGUGACUCAGAACACGUGACGAUGUCCAAUCUGUCCGACAUGAAGUAUUUGGAGGCGGUCAUCAAGGAAAUACUGCGAUUGUACCCCAGCGUGCCUUUCAUUGGACGAGAGAUCACUGAAGAUUUUAAGCUGGGUGACAUAACAGUGAAGAAGGGUACGACAGUGGACGUCCACAUUUACGAGCUGCACCGUCGCGCUGACAUGUUCCCGGAGCCGGAGAAGUUCAUGCCGGAGCGGUUCCUGGGCACGGAGAUGAAACAUCCUUACGCUUACGUACCGUUCAGCGCUGGACCUAGGAAUUGCAUUGGACAAAGAUUCGCGAUGCAGGAAAUGAAAACCACACUUAGCGAGCUGGUCCGUCACUUCAAAAUUGUACCUAAAGUCAAGGGAGCAAGGCCUAGAAUCAUGGCAGACUUGGUUCUCAGACCAGUGGAUCCCAUCUAUGUCAAGUUUAUUCCUCGCUAA